AUGCAGAGACCAAGCAGUACAACAGGCCCUGAGACCCGUUGCCUCGAAAAACUGAAAAUUUCUCUAGAGAACAGACCAUGUGAAUCGACAAAGCCGGAUGAUGAAUCAAAGUUACUUGAAUCCCGUCUUCACGAGCAAACUCAACUGAUUAUGAUUCUUAAACAAAGUGCAAAUGAUACAGAUGCCAAAUGCCAGAAACUUGAGGAAGAGAAUGAAAACCUGGCAGAGGCUCGUAAUAAAGAAGAGAUGAAACUAAAACAGAAAUCUGCAGAUCUGGCCAGAUUGAGUGAGAAAUUGAAGACACUAAAGUCAAAUUAUGAAGGACUCAAAGAAUUUGUUAAAGAACAUAAAGAACUAAAUGAAAAGCUGAUGCGGGAGAAAGAAUUUGUUUCAAAUGAGAACAAUCGUCUUCUGAUGUAUGCCAAAAAUGAAGCAGAAGAACAAAUUCAGAAACUGAGCAUUAUGUAUGAAUCAUUGAAAAACGAAUGUGCAUACCAAGAGAGAAGUCUCAGUGAUGAGAAGGUAAUGAUUGAACUAAAAAAAAACCAAUGCAGGAAGUCAAUUGCAUAUGAAAAGGAGGCACACAAGACGGAAAUGAAAAAGCUGAUGGACAGUUUACAGGUGAAAAAGGCUAACCUCGAAGAAAUGAAAGAAUUUUUAGAAAAAGAGGAAGAGAAAUUGCUCGCGGUAAUGGCAGUUCCAGAAUCUCUCCUGAAACUAGAAGCAAGAAAUAAAAGCCUUUCUAAGAAAUUAGAUGUAAUUGAAAGGUCAUUAUUGGCAGAACAACAGAAAAAUGAAAAUCUCCAGCAGAUAAUUAACCAGUUUGGAAUAAAAGUAAAAGUUUUGACCACAAAAUUUGAACAACAAGCUGCAGACAUACAGUCAAGAGAAGACGUGAAAGAAAUGCAAAGUAAAGUUGAUGAAGCUCACCUUCACUUGGAACAAACAAAAGAGGAAAUUGCCAAAUUCAAAACAGAAACACAGCAAAAAUUGCAGCACGAGAGGGAACUCAAUCAAAAACUGCGUCAUAUUCACUGA